AUGCCCACGUUGCGCCUCGCCAAGACGCUGUGGGGCGUGCCUGAGGCGGACGAUCCAGACCUGUGGGACGAGCUCUUCGCCCGCAUCAAGGCGGAGGGCUUUGACGGCGUCGAGGCCAUCACGCUCACGUGGAGGACGGACCGCGACCGCUUCGUCUCUUUGCUAAAGAAGCACGGACUGCAGCUGAUCUGCCAGAUACACACCUCGGGCGGCGAUCUCGAUCCGGCGACGGGCUACGUCUACUGCAGCUCCAACAAGCUGCACGACCACCUCGCCUCGUUUGUCAAGCUGACGGCCGAAGCGAAGGCGCUCGGCGCGGUGCUUAUCAACAGCCACUCUGGGCACGACUCGUGGGGCUCCGGCGACAAGGCGGUGGCCUUCUUCAAGCACGCGCUCUUGGUCGAGGCCCAGCUCGGAGUCCCGGUCGUGCACGAGACCCACCGGCAACGGCUGCUCUACUCGCCCUACACCGCGGCCGAGCUCCUCUCGAAGCCCGAGCUCGCCGCGCUCAAGGUGAACGCCGACCUCUCGCACUGGUGCUGCGUGUGCGAGAAGGUCUUUGACGCCGCCGACCCGCGCGACGACUGGUGGCCCGCCACGCUGCGCCUCGUCGCCGAGCACUGCGAGUUUGUCCACGCGCGGGUCGGCCACGCGGAGGGACCGCAGGUGUCCGACCCCUCGGCGCCCGAGUUUGCGGCCGAGGUCAGCGCGCACGCCUCGUGGUGGCGGACGAUCUGGGCGGCGCAGGCGGCCCGCCACCCUUCCGACGACGCCGCCGUGUGGGCGGAGCCAGAGCACGGCCCUCCGCCCUACCUGCAGACCCUGCCCUUCUCGCAGCAGCCAGUCGCGGACCUGUGGGAGGUGAACGCGCGCAUGGCGCAGCGCGUGCGCACCGAGCACGCGGCGGCGAUGCGCGAGGCCGCCGCAUCCACCGCGGCGCCGCCCGCGCCGCCGCCAUCCGGUCCCGACUUCAUCGCGGGCGGCGACGCGGGGCGGUGGGGGAUGAGCAGCUACAUGGGGCCAAAGGAUGGGUACGUCUUCAGGGAGCAAGGGCCGCGCGGCGCAGGCUACUACCGCGAGGGCACCGCCGCGGCACGGGCCGGUUCCGACGCGCCCGCCGGGCCCGAGCCCGCCAAGCCGGCACCGUCCGUCGGCCGCGACGGCUCGCUCCUCCGCGCAGCGAUGGACGAGAACCCGGACGUUGCAGACAAGCUGGCGAGCAUGAUGGGAGGGGCCGUCCCGCCGGUGGCGCCGCCCGCGGGUGAGGACGAGGCGGCCGCUGCCGCCUCCGCCGAGAAGCUGCGUGCCGUCGACGAGGAGGGGGUGGCGGUGGGCGCAAGGCUGGCGGCGCAGCAGCGCGAGGGGGCCGUCGAGUUUGCGUGCGCGUCUGCGUCGGCUCCGGGAGGCGACCUCUCGCUGCUCGAGCGGUGCGUGGGCAAGAUGAACCUGGGCAGCGCGAGCGGUGGCGGUGGCGCGGCCGAGGUGGCCAAGAUGGUCUUCUCCGCCGGCGCUGAGCAGCUCUCUCUCGUCACGCACGUCCCGGAGAGCAAGAGGCGUGGCGUGGACGCCGCCGCCUGGACGCGUGCGGUGCUGGCUGCGAUCGGAGGGAAGGUGAUGUGCUCAGCGCCGCAGCCGGCACCGCUCGGCGGCGGCUCGAUUGUGCUGGCCGCGGUGAGUGCGGAUGGCGGCGAGCACGAGCCCGAUGCCGACAUGGCGCUCGGUUUGGCGGCCGCAGCGCGCUUUCUGGAGGAGGACACUCCUGCGUGA